AUGGAUAUUGAUCCACCUGUGAGGAAGUUUGGGCCUAUUUUGGAUAGGUGGAAAGCAUUCAAACGGAAUUUAAGCAGAGUCAAAAGGAAAAGAGAUAUUGGUGAAGGGGAAUUUGUGACAAAUGAAGAAGUUGGAGUGCAUGACAUUAAUGAGGACUACGAUACAAAUGAAUUAGAUUUUGAUGUUGACAGUGAUGAGGGUGUUGACACAGUUGGUCCCAAAUUUUGUAAGAUUAGACCUGAAGAUAUGAAUAAAGACUUCAAAUUUAAAUUGGGAAUGGAGUUUGGAUCUUUGAAGGACUUUAAACAAGCUUUAAUGGAGCAUAGUGUUCUUAAUGGAAAAGAAGUAAAGUUUGUUAAAAAUGAUCAGAAGCGAGUGAGGGCAAUUUGCAAGAAGAAAUGUGGUUUUCUAAUCAUGGCUAGCAGGGUUGGAGGGAGGGAAACCUACAGAGUCAAGACACUUAUUGGGCGUCAUAAAUGUGGAAGGGUAUUUGGAAACAAAAAUGCAAAUAAGGACUGGAUUGCUCAGGUCCUUAUAGACAGAUUUAUGAAUGUUGGUAUUAUGAUUAUGGCUCAAAUAAUUGACGAGGUGAAGAAGACAUAUAAUGUAGGUAUAACACCAUGGAGGGCUGGGAAAGUAAAACAGAUUGCCAUGGACUGUUUGGUUGGGGAUGGUCAACGACAAUAUGGUCGUUUAUAUGACUAUGUGGCUGAAUUAUUGAGAGUCAAAGCUAGAACUUUCAAGAUUAAGAUAAAUCAACCCCAACCAACUAUGCCACCUAGGUUUGGCUGUUUUUACAUGUGUUUAGAUGGAUGUAAGCAAUGGUUUUUGGCUAGAUGCAGACCCUUUAUAGGUGUGGAUGGUUGCCACUUGAAGACAGCAUAUGGUGGUCAAUUGUUGGUUGCAGUGGGUAGGGACCCCAAUGAUCAAUACUAUUCGCUGGCUUUUGCAGGCCUAAUGACUGUCUUGAAUGGAGUGGAGCAUUGUUUCUGUUUGCGACACUUAUAUAGCAAUUUCAAGAAGAAAUUUGGUGGUGGUGUAGUGAUCAGAGACUUGAUGAUGGGAGCAGCAAAGGCAACGUACUAUGCAUGA